GAAGGUCAAUAGAAUAUGCAAAUUGGUGUUCAAACGGAUAGAUCAUGCUGUAAAUAUGGAAGAAAGGAUCAAACGACGACGGAUUGGUUAACAGGAAAGGAGGGGACGUCGCGACGGGAGGACGCAGAGGAACGUUCAAGAAUAGCCGAUCGAGAGGAGGAGAAGAAUGUUGAACGCGUCAACGUGAGGGAUACGUUGAAGUAUUACCUCGACAGAUUUAGACAUCUCGCCAUCGACGACGAUGAAACGGAGGAUGCCGGCCUAUGACUCGUUCAGCGAUAAUACAAUAAUAUCCUCGAAUUUUUUUAUCGUGAAAUCGUUCGAUUUCAAAUGUAAAGAAUAUGAAGUAGGAUGAGAAUAUUAUUUAUAACAAAGGAAGCAGGAAUAAACUGUAUGUAUGACAUGGA